UUCUCUCCGGGCGCCGAUUGGCUGAGAGAGCAGUUCUCGCGAGAUCCGCGCGCCAGAGGCCUGGCAGAGGCGGCGGUGGAGUCCGCGUUCGUGCGUUGAAGCCGGUAUCGUAGCGCGCUCGUAAGAGACCAGGAUGAGUUAUGCAGAAAAACCUGAUGAAAUCACAAAAGAUGAAUGGAUGGAAAAACUUAAUAACUUGCAUAUUCAGAGAGCAGACAUGAACCGCCUUAUCAUGAACUACCUUGUUACAGAGGGCUUUAAAGAAGCAGCGGAGAAAUUUCGAAUGGAGUCUGGAAUUGAACCCAGUGUUGAUUUAGAGACUCUUGAUGAAAGAAUAAAAAUCAGAGAAAUGAUACUGAAAGGACAGAUUCAAGAAGCCAUUUCAUUAAUAAACAGCCUCCAUCCAGAACUGUUAGAUACAAACAGAUAUCUUUACUUUCAUUUGCAGCAGCAGCAUUUGAUUGAACUGAUUCGGCAGCGUGAGACAGAAGCAGCUCUGGAGUUUGCUCAGACCCAAUUAGCAGAGCAAGGUGAGGAGAGCCGGGAGUGCCUGACGGAAAUGGAGCGCACGCUGGCUUUGCUCGCCUUCGAUAAUCCUGAAGAAUCACCAUUUGGAGACUUGCUUAACAUGAUGCAGCGACAGAAGGUAUGGAGUGAGGUUAAUCAAGCUGUUCUAGACUAUGAAAAUCGUGAAUCAACACCCAAGUUGGCAAAAUUACUGAAACUACUACUGUGGGCUCAGAAUGAGCUAGACCAGAAGAAAGUGAAAUACCCCAAAAUGACAGACCUCAGCAAGGGGACAAUUGAAGAACCCAAGUAAAAUGUGUGCAGAUGGACAUCAAACAAUCAUAGUACUGCACAGUAUACAUUUAUAUCAGUCUGUGACUGAAAUAUUUUUACUACAGUACAGCACUCAAUUCAGAUUUUUCAAUGAACAUCUAAUUUGAAGGGAGAAAAGUCCCUUUUGAAUGCUGCAAAAACUGCAUUGAAAGGCGCUGUAUCUCUUUGGAAGUCUGACUUAGGCUAUGCACUAUAAUACAUUUUUAAAAAACAACCCAUUAAACAGGACAGGAAAAAAAUCACGUUUUUAAAAGUACAGAACUCAAGCUUUCUAAUUGGCUACUGAUGCUUAGUUGAGUGGUCAGUGAGUUAAUAUGAGUUACAUUGGCAAUUAUUCAGUUAAGUUUAACUGUCUCCUGUUUGAAAUGUGUAUAUAGAACAGUGAAUAUUUUCUACCUUUAAGUUAUAGCAAGAUAUACAUUCCCCUUAAGAGUAACUGGUCUUGUUUUCAUCUAUAAACUUUGCAGUAAGGUCAACCUUUUGCCUAGGAAAUAGUGUACAAACUUGUAAAUCUUAAUUUAAGAACUUUUUUUUCCUUGUUUCUGACUUUUUGGUGCUUUAUAUGGUGAGAGCUAUGUUCAUAAUGGAUCAGUGACCCAGCUUUUUUCAUGAGAAGUAUUGUUGCAAAUAAGUUUUUUUCUUAGUUUUCACAAAUGACCAAAAUGGCCCUCAGAGGCGUUUGAGAGUUUUUCUUCAAGGGGACCUUUCCCCUCCAUAUUGAGUUUGCAGCUGCAGACACUGCAGUGAUUGCAGCAGGCUCGUAGAGCUUGGAGGGCCACUGGAUUUUUGUAAGCUGAAAGACAUACUUGUGUUAGGAAAUGAAGUGGGGGGAGAGAUACUUACGGAAGCCUCUGAUGCAUCUUCUUGUGCAGGAUCUGCCUUUACUCUUGUCGAAUAAGAAUCGUAGUUCUAGAGCUACUUGGGCUGUUUUUAUGCCUUGAGCUGAGCAGAGCAGGGCUGUCUUUCAAGACUGAAAUGUCAGGUUUUGUUUGAUUCUUUCCAUACCUUUCUGAAGAGAUGCAAUUCAUCUUCACCCGUAUCGCUUUGUUUACUGACUGCCCUCACUCCAGUUAGGAUUCUAGUUUUAAUGUUUUACGUGUGAAGUCCAGACUUUCAAGUCAACAAAUUGUAAUCUUGUGGGUAUGGGAUGUUCAGGUCAACUUAAUUUUGCAGCACUGUUCACUGGUGUACAUCCAGUGGUAGGAAGCACUAAUCUUGCCAAAUCAAUCUGUAGGUUUUUUAGGUCUGUACAUCAAGUUAUUAACGAUUUGUUGAACGAAGACCGACCUGGUGGGUGAAGUAGCUGAACAUCACGAUGCACUGGCAGUCGUCACACCAGUCCCAUACUGUACAUAAUCUAGUCUUGUAUGGUAGAUAUUACCCUGUAGAAUGAAACUUAGUUUUCACUUAAUUUUACUGGAAUACUUACGCAUUAAACUGUAUAAAGCUUUGCAGAUACACCUGACUUAUGGAAACUAAAAAAAAAAACAAAAAAAAAAACAAAAAAAAACCUGUUACUGGUUGCAUUACUGUGAACACUGUUUACUUGUGUAGCUGUUUUUUUGUGAGGGGAAUCCAUUGUUUGUUAAGCAGCUAUUAGAGAUGCAGAGUACUAAGUUUAAGCUAGGUGAUGGAUAUAACAAAAUGAGUUGUUCUCAUUUAUUACUGAUAGUUUUGUUCUGCACUUUUAAGGCAUUUUGUGGCAUGGAGGUCUCGAAGUUUAUACGUAACAAGCAAGCUGUCAGUUGCCCCCAGUUACAGCGGUGGUCUGGCUUUCCUUCUCCCAGACUGGUUAUUUUAACACCAACAUUUUAACAGUUGUGUUUUUUCCUUUUCUUUUCUUUCCCAUUCGGUUGAUGUCUGAAAACCAUGUACAACUUUGAGUUUGUCAGAAACUGUGUGGUUAAUGUCACUUUGUUUAAUAACAAACUGCAGAAACAAAACUGGAAUAGCUCUAUUUUCUUCAUAUGUAACUGAUCAGCUUUUCCUCUGUUCUGAUGCUUACCUACUAAAUCUAAAGCUUCUCCCAGAUGAAGUGGAAAGCAGUGCGGUUCUGUGGCAUGACUAGCAUUUUUCUCCAUGAGAAAUGCAGUAUUGCAGUCCUGGUUGAGAAGUUCACUGUACUUCUGGAACGCUACGUUAAUUUCACAUAGCAUUUGGGCAAAGAGUGAGCAUAGAUUACUUGAAUUUUCACUAGCUUGUUGUUUUUUUUCCAUUUAAAAAAAAAUGUUUUUUAAGGGGUUUAAUAUAAAGUUAGUCUAGAACUAUUUCACUUUGUUUUUAUGAACAUGCCACAUUGAUAAGCAGCUUUAAUCUGUAAAGUUUUUUGGUAACUGCAAGAAAAUAUUCGAAAGCUAUGCAUUUUAGAGAAAGCAUAAAGGUAGUCAUAAUGGUACUUCUAAGGAUCUUUAUAUUAGUGUAUAUAAAAUAGUUUGCAUAUACAAAUAUAAUAUAUAAUCUGUUUGAAAUAUUCUUGGAUGGUAGGGGCUGUGAAACAUAAUUUAUGGAAAUAUUGUACACAGUAAACAGACCUCUGUCAGUACACGAAUGGACUUUUGUCAUAUGCAUGAGAAAUGUCUUAUUUGGUGACUACUAAUGAAUGGGAUUUUGUUAACCCAUUUUUGUUAGAUAACCACUUUAACAAAUACUAUUAAAUGCCACUUUGAACAGUU